UGUUAAAUGAUUUUUUUGGCAAACGAUCUGCCAAAAUCUAUUAUAUACAAAAAAAAUCUUGUCUUCCAGUAAUUCUAUCUGCUCUCGCCCUUCCUCUUCUAAGAAAUAAGGUCCUGCCAUCUGCGUGUUUGGCUCUCUUUCAUCCUUUUUUUUUCACUGCCAUGGAGUCCGCCACGUCAGAUAUAGCCAUCGAUGGCUCUCCUCUGCUUCUCGUUUACAAGGAUGGUCGCGUUGAAAGGCUUUUAGGCACUCAGAUCGUCCCUCCAGGCCUUGACCCCAAAACAAACGUUGAAUCCAAAGACGUCGUCUAUUCACAAGAAACUGGCCAAUCCAGCAGGCUUUACAUUCCAAAAAACGUUAGCUCUGCCCAGAAACUUCCUCUUCUAGUGUAUUUUCAUGGUGGAGGCUUUUGCGUAGAAACUGCCUUUUCUCCUACGUACCACAAUUACCUAAACCCCUUAGUUGCUGAAGCUAACAUCGUUGUUGUCUCGGUUGAUUACAGAAGAGCCCCCGAGCACCCUAUCCCUGCUGCUUACGAUGAUUCAUGGGUUGCCCUUAAAUGGGUUGCUUCCCAUUACGGUGGGAAUGGUCCUGAAGAGUGGUUGAAUUGCUAUGUUGAUUUUGACAAGGUUUAUUUAUCUGGGGAUAGCGCUGGUGCUAACAUAGCGCACCACAUUGCCGUUAAAAUUGGCAACGAAAAACUGGAUGGUGUUAAACUUGAGGGUAUUAUUUUAGCACAUCCAUAUUUUUGGGGCAAAGAACCGGUUGGUGAUGAGAUUAAGGAUCCAGUUGUAAGGGCAAAAAUAGAAGGGCUGUGGCGUUUGGUAUCUCCUACAACGAGUGGAUCAGAUGAUCCAUGGAUGAAUCCUAUUGAUAAUCAAAGCUUUGCGAGCCUGGGUUGCACCAGGGUGCUUGUUUGCGUUGCUGAAAACGAUAUACUGAGACAUCGGGGCUGGUACUACUGCGAGAAGUUGAAGAAGAGUGAGUGGGGAGGAGAAGUGGAGAUGAUGGAGGCCCAAGGAGAGGACCAUGUGUUCCAUCUGUUCAAACCCACUUGCGAGAGUUCUGUGGCUAAGCUGAAAAAGGUUGCUGCUUUCAUGAAUCAGGAUAAGGCUUUGAACUAGUAUACUUGGGUUAGUAUUCAGUUCUA